CAACUUCAGCAUAAUAAUUAUUGGCGUUUUCUUCAGAAUACAGCUGUCUGCUACCGGAAGGUUUUGAAAUAUUAUGGCUGAUACCAAAAAGAUAGAAGAAGCUUUGGAGCAUGUAAGAAUUGCAGAAAAAAGCUUGAAAACAUCUUUUUUGAAAUGGAGACCUGAUUAUGAAGAAGCUGCAGAUGAAUACAGUAAAGCAGCAACCUGUUUUAGAAAUGGGAAGUCUUUCGAGCAAUGCAAGGACUGCCUACUGAAAGCUGCAGAUUGUCACAAGCAGAAGAGAUCAUUAUUUCAUGCUGCAAAGUGCCUGGAGCAGGCGGUGCUGGCGUGCAAGGACACGGGCGGCCUGCAGGACGUGCCGCGCCUGGCGGAGCAGGCGUGCAGCCUGUACCAGCAGCACGGCUCGCCCGACGCGGGGGCUGCGGCGCUGGACAAGGCUGCCAAGGUGCUGGAGCCGCGCCAGCCAGAGCAGGCCCUCCGGCUGUACCAGCGCGCCGCGGAGGUCGUCACGAUUGAAGACAGUCCUCGGCAGGCAGCAGAAUUCAUGGGAAAAGUGGCCCGCAUCAUGGUGAAACUAAAAAUGUACGACGAGGCGACGGACGCCAUCCGCCGGGAGAUGGGCUACCACCAGCAGUCGGACAACAUCCCCGCGAUGGGGCGGCUCGCGGUGGGGCUGGUGCUAGUGCAACUGGCCCGCGGGGACCAGGUCGCGGCGGAGAAGGCUUUCAAGGAGUGGGGGAACUGCUGCGACCCUGCCGAGGUCCAGACUUUAGAGAAGCUGCUGCAAGGUUUCGACGACGAGGACCCGGAUGUCGUCCGGUCGGCGCUCAGCAGCUCCUUCAUCAAGAACAUGGACGUGGAGUACUCCCGCCUCGCCAGGGACCUGCCCUUGCCGCAAGGCGUCGCCCCCAUCCAGAGACCUUCCGUGAGGGAGAACGCGGCCCCGUCAUACAUCUCGCCCAAUGCCGCGGCGCUGUCUUCCGACGCAGAGGGGGCGAAUGGUGUAGAAGUCGGAGAUUCCACCCAACAGCCCAAUGCAGCUGACGAAGAUGAGGAUGAUGAAUUUUGCGGUGGUUUACGUUAAAAAAAAUGUACAUUUUUGUCAAAAUUUAAGUGCAAUGGUGUAAUUUUUUUUUAUUUAUCAUAGUUAGUUUUUAUUAACUGAGAAAUAAUCACGCAUUGCUUGUACGUAUAGUCAGGUAUUCACAUUAACCUGACCUUUUUUUCUUAGGUUAUUGAUAGCUCUGUGAAAAUGUAUAUACAUAAACAUGGUUUUUAGCAGUCUAGAAUUUCAUAAUUUAUUUUUGUUAAUCUUUUUGUAACUAUGAAUUAUUUAACUGUAGUGAUGUAAGUAAGUAGACACACAAUGAUGUUUAGGUACAUCAGUGCAGCCAGUGUUCAAUUGGCUGAAGGGUUUCAAGUACACAUAUUUACUUGCAUAAGCCGUGCUGUUCUUUGAGAUCCUAAGCAAGUUUCAUCUUUUAUUUGCAGUGUGCAUUUUAAAUGGCAUUUAUUCUCUCUUUCAAAUGCACAAUAUCUGCUAUUAGCGCUGUCCUUGUUUAAAUGUGCUCUGUUGCCAGAUAUACCCAAAGAACACCAAAGUUUUAGACACAACUUUAUAAUAUGACUUUCUUUUAUAAAAUAUACUUAUUUUAUUAUAUUUUGUGAAGAAAGAUAUAGAAUUCAAAUUUUGGAGAUACAUUUGUUGUAUAUUGUCAAGAGCAUCAUCUGAUAGAAUUCAAUUAUUCUAAGGAGAAUUCAAUCAUUCUAAGGAAAUUUAAUUUAAAGACACCAUCUUAAAUGCUAAAUUAAAGAAGUUAAUAUCUAGGUACAUUGUACCUAUACGUAAUAUUUAUUUACAAUACGUACAAAAACAACUUUUGGUUACAAGAAGUUUGGCAAAAUAAAAAUAUAGUAUAAACCUAUAAACACAACAUUGCGAAAAUAUCAAUAAACAAAAUACAUUUAUAAAACACAUUCAGUCUGAACACGCACCAAGUUUAUCUAUUUAUUGUCUGAACUAGAUUCUGAUCCAUCAGAUUCAUUUGCCGGGACGUCAACGUCAUCUUAGUCGCCGCUGUCGUCACGUGUUAUUCAAAUUAUUGUCUUUUUGUUUUCGCCAGUCACAAAAAAGUUUUUCACUUACUGAAAAUUCUCUUUCCGCGGCCCGAUUUCCGUGCUCUUCUGCAAAUGUGAUUACGCGCAACUUGAAAGCGGCAGUAUACGAAUUGUAUUUACCCAUAUUUUCACAAAAAAACUUUCUCAAACUCUGCAAUUACCGGUACUUUCCACUCCAAUGCAAACGAGAUAAAACAAUGGCAUCACAGCAUCUUAUCUUCCACACACAUUCCUUCCUCCCACAUGGCCAAUUAGGACAUGCCGCUCAAGGUUGGACCAAUGAUAAGCGCCACACGCCACGUGAAAGCAGGCUGUUCCAUUGUGUUUACGGCUGUUCCAUUCGCGCCUCGCGCCUCAGUCGCCGUCAAUAAAUUAGGUUGCGUCGAUUAUGGGGAGAAUCUUAAAUACCAAAUUCAUUACCUCAAACAAUAGGUGCGACGAUUAAGCAAUGGCGACGAUUAUUUGAGUAAAUACGGUACUAAUAGGUGAUAAUUAUUGGGUUUUUUUUAUUUCUUUCAGAAUGUAUACAACUGUAAUAGUAUUGUCAAUAGUCACUAUUUAAUAGUCUUGCCAAAAAAAAUCAUACGAAUAGUAAAGCUUUUAAAUUAAAAAUACUAAAAAUUAUUUUAAGUGACGAUGAUAUACAAAAUAAGAAUUUUAAUAUUAACAUGCAGGUAGUAUCAAUCUAGUAUUUUUUCUGCAAUUUAAUUUUGAGACACAGUACCUAUAGCAAAAUUGUAUUGCAGGGUGGACCUAUUGGCUUCCACGAAGCACUUCACCUUUGUUUACUUGCAGACCUCAAGCUGUGACGUGACAACUCUGGAAAACAACUAGUGAAUGUGGAAUUUCCAUUCUAACUGUGCAUGGAAAGGGUCACCAAAACAGUGUCAUAUUGACUGAUACAUGAUCAACUUUUACAAUGUGAUAACUGGUAAUAAGCUUGUCAAACUACUGGUAACAAUGCAAAUAAAUCAGCAAGUAUAUGUGUGUUUAAAAAUGUACCAAUGUCGUAAUGUAAAAAUAGUUACUGAUAACGUUAUAACAGUUGCAACAUAAAAAGAAAGGUAAACGUUUUUUCAAUCUAUUUUGUACAUACAUUUCGGUACUAACUCCAUGCUAAAUAAUUUACAUUAAUUGAAUUGAAUAUAUUUAAAUAUUACAAUUUUUUGUAAUCUUAGUUGAGUUUUAAUUAAAUAUGCUGAUUAAUUUCAUGAUUUUUUUUGUUGCAUUUUGGUGCUUCAUGGUGUUUACUUGCAAUUUGGUGUUGUAUGUUAUAUUGGCAUGCUUUUUGGUGUUAUUUCGGCUUUAUCACAAUUCAGAAUUCGCUGUAUAAUCUUGUCCCUAUGAAUUACACUGCAGUUAUUCAUACUUUUCCAUUGAAUGCAUGAAUGGAUAACAGCUAUUUUUACACAUCUCUCUGUGACUUUAAGCCAAUAAUAACUACUUUUCACUAGCAAAAAAGUAAGACAAUCUCUGCACCUUGCUAAAAAAGAAGAAAAUUUUCUCACUGAGAAAAAGUGGUCAUAAAAAAUUGAGUGUGGGUAGAGUACACUGAGAAUGUUGAUUUUCUUCUCGUCAUUUUUAUUUUUCACGAAAUAUCGUUGUAAAUAAGUGCAGGCAUUUUGCAGGUAAAUAUGGUCACUUGGCAGUCAAUAUUAUUUGUGUUUUUAGGCUUGGCGGAACGGCACUAUAGCAUAAGAGCCUACUAUCGUGUUUGAGAGCUAAGUGGAAUGAUGGCCUACUUCCAGAAUUAAAGGUGUCCAGCAUCAGGGAAAUCCUGGAGAUGUUAGGGAAUUUAGAAUCCCUUAUAAAAUCAUAAAAUAUUCAGGGAAACAUGUGAUAGGUCGGAGGGAAUUCAAAUUAAUGGGUUAGUCAAAUGCUUAGUGUGUAUCGCUAACCCAUUAAUCGUGUUGUGCAUUUCAUGUUUGUUUAUUGCAAUUAUUGAUGUGUCUGUUCUUUUAUUUUUUCCCCGUGGUUUUUGAUUUGGUUACAGUUCUUAAAAAAACUGCUCUCUGUUCUCGGUUUUAAGUUAACCUCCACACAGUUUCCAGUCUCACCGAAGAUACAUUAUGCCCUGAUAGAUGGUGUGUUUAUUUAUUUAAUAUGACUUAUGGGUGUCCCACUUUACCAUAAUCCGACCACAAACAGUUGCUUCUUGUCUCACUAGGUGGCUAUGGCAGCACAGUGCAACAAAAUCUGUUAAUACAUAUUUACAAUUGUUAGAAAUUUGUGUGCAUGUUAGCUCGCAAUGUAUGCCACACUACAAAAGAGUUUUACAGAAAGUCAAAGCCUCCUGUAUUUCCACCGAAAAUGGUUUGGUUGUUGAGCUUUCCGUGGUACUGGGAUUAGAGUUCUCGAUGCCAGUUAUAUUGGUGAGAACCAAGAACCGGGACAGACACACAACCAAUGGCAGUGCUGGUGAGGCUGAAAACCAUCAGUGGUGGUGUUUCAGAAGUGUGAUGUAAGAAACAACACUGUGUGCAUAGUUUCCAAGCUUCAUUUUGGUGUUGUAAAAAUUUUACUGUGUUAAAACUAGUGAUGUAUGUGUCGAAUAUCAAUUUUCUCUAAUACAAAUCUCGAAUUCGAAAUCCAAAGAGAAUCUCAAGUAUUCCCCACAAAACCGGAUCUUUGUCUCAAGGGUCAAGUUUCACAAACUAAUUUUUCCAAAAUUAAUACUGAUUGUUAUUUUAUUUAUAAGUUUACAUGUUAAAAGUACACAUCUUACAGAAUGAUAAUAGGAUGGGUAUAGAGGAAAAUAAUUGACCUAUUAAACUUACGGGGCUAUCAGUGUUGAAUUUUUGAAUUUACUUUAUUUCCUCGAAUAUUUUUAUUCAAAUCUUUUUCCUCAAAUAUCUAAUACUAAUUAUUUGAUGGUAUUUGAGGGUUUGAUUGGCCCAUUCCUGGUUAAAACACUUUACUGUGUUUUGUUACGACUUUGAAGAAUCCAUGAUUUUGUUAUUGUGAGCAAGUAGGGCAACAAUCUAUAACGAGUGUUUUCUGUUUUAAUAUUACAUGUUUUGGUCAGAAAAAAAAAACACCUGGAGAAGUAAGGGAAAAGUCAGGGAAUUCUGUAUGUGGGUUUUUCUGAAUGCCCUAAAAUGUUGGUUUGUUGCUGAUUUCAAGUUGUGUUUCAAAUCCUUGUGAUAAAACUGCAAGUAGGCUAUAUUUGGCAAAUUUCUAGCAGGCUGCGAUUUGAUUUAAAUCUCUCAAAUAGGUUUUAAAUUUGAAUUGAAAUAAGUCCUACCAUAGAACUGCUACAGUUUGAGUUUCUUUCUGAAUUUGUUUGGUUGCAAAAAAUCUAAUAUGCAGGAAUUUUAAACAUUUUUGGCAAAACAAUGUAAAUAAUGUUAUUUUCAAAUGCACUGUUUAUUGUAUCUUCACUAUUGUUCAUUAACCUAUAACUGAAGACAUUCAACAUACAAAUAGUUUUUUUUUUCUAUAUUACCAAGCAGAAAAUUUUACUAAACAGGGUUUUUUACUGUAUCAAAUCAAUAAUUUAUCAUUCAAAAUCAAUUUGAUUUCUAAUACUUACACUUAGGUUAAAAGUCAUUGUAUAACAUUACAAAACAAUAUAAAUGUGAAAUGUGUAAGUACAUAGUUUCCAUUAAUUUAUGGAUCUGGUUUAACUACUGCUUAUUUAAUUAAACUCGUGUAGUCAUCAGAAUGUCUCCUUAAUAAUCUGUACUCUGGAAAUUAUUGGAUGAUUUGAAAGGAAGUGAAUAGUUUGCAACUCUGCAAAAAAAAAUCCCUAAGAUAUUUUAAAAGCAAUCUGUGUUUUGGGAUUUGUAAUGAGUAAUGUUAAAAAAAGUACCUUAUGUGUGUGUGUGUGUGUGUGUAUGUUUAUUUAUAGUCAUUGCACAAACCUAUGUGCAAGUAUUAAUGAAACUAUGACUUUUAUUUUAAUUAAUACAUGUACAUAGGUUUAUGCAUUGUUAUCAAAAUGGUAAAAGAUUAUUUAUCCCAACACUUACUAUUCAUAUUCAAUAUUUUUAUUCAAGAAUAUUUUAAUAAUAUUAUUCUAGUUGGAUCCAAACUUAGAAACUGUUAUUCAUACAGGCCUGGAAAUUGGAUACAGCAUUACAUACACAAUGCAGUUAGCAUGUGUAUGGUAUACAGUGGAGUCCUACCAAUCUGAACGUAGCAAAUCCAAAAAUUUGACUUCGGAGAGUGAGUUAAGGCUGAAAAGUCCAAAAUAUGAUGAUCCGAACAGGUCUCUGCCCCAAUUAGUUCAAAUUAGCGGGACUCCACUGUAAUAUAGUGGAAAUUAUUGCAAGCCUUUUUAGGGAACACUAAUUUAAGUUUUUGAACCAUGACAACAUGUCACUUAAGGGAAAAAAAAAAUUGUUUUGUUAUCUUUAUAAUUGUUCAUACUGGGAAAAAUUUGUGAUUUAGUGUAGACUAUUGUUGACUUAGAAAAUAUGGUACCUACCAGUUUAAUGAAAAUUUUCACUAAAUUUGUAGCAGUAAAAAAAAUAUAUAGAAGUUUUAUUUAUAUAUAUAUAUAUAUAUAUAUAUAUAUAUAUAUAUAUAUAUAUAUAUAUACAGUAAACUCCCGGUAUACCGCGCCCCGAUAGAUCGCGGAAUCGGGUAUAUCGCGGGUCAAACCAUGUCCCCCAAUCAGAAAUUAAUAAUAAUAAUAAUAACACAGUAGAACCUCGUUAAUUCGUGAUGGUCGGGACCGAGAUAAUCACGGAUUACUGAAUUUCACGGACUAGCGAUUAAAGCCCGGAAGGUCUUGUCAAGCUUCUCAGAUACCGGCGUGCAGCUGGGUUAAGGCCAAGGUCAUAUGACGUAACAUCUACCGAGGCUUACUGCGCCAUGGCAGCAGAUGGAUAAAAAAUAGUAAACUCUCAUUAUUCGUGUUAAUUGGGACCCGCCGAUGCCCGGCUAAUUAAAAUCCUGUAAAAAAAAAAGUAAUAAACCCGGAUAAUCCGUUCACGGUAAAGACCGUCUUCGAAUUAGUCUCGGCUUAAAAAAAUACGGCACUGCCUAGCCAUUAGUUCACGGUCAUUUACAACAGCCGAAGAGAGAAAGAUAAGAUCGUGCUGAACUUGCACACAUUAAUUUUGGGUAGCCCCCCCCCCCCCCUCCCUCUCAAUCUUCCCACUUCGUCCAGCCGAAUGCCAGCCAGACACGUCACUCGCCAGGCGCCUGCCGUGCGUUGGCGGGUGGAAACAAACAAAGGGAGACGGGAAGCAGAAGUCAAGACAUCCCCCUCAAGUUUAAAGAGUGACAAAUGUGACAGCUGAAAGGGGGACGACACAAAGGGUCGGUACAAACAGCGUUGCAGAGUUUGGCGGCCCAUGCGAAGGCUUGCAGUGUUUGCCGGCCGCCGGCCCGCGUGACGUUAAUUUUAAGCGCUGACAAUUUUUACUUCUCUUUUUUUUCUGCACUUUUAAAUCGUCCCGGAUCAUCCGAUUCCCGAAUUAGCGCGUCACGGAUUAACGAGUUUCUACUGUAAUAAUAAUGGAAUAAAUGAUUGACAGCCGAUUAGGAUAAUUUUGCGUUGUAACUCACAAACUAAGCAUCGGGCAGAAAAAAGCCUAGGCGUAGAAAAUGUCCGCAGUGAAAUUCUAAACAAGAUAUCUCCGUACAUUAUUCCUCUAUCUUGUAGUGUUUUCAAAUUAUGAUCCAAUCCAGACCAGUGUUAUUUUCUGAAACAUUAGUUCUUAACAUUUUUUUUAACCCACAAAUAAAGCAUCGGACAGGGGACCCGAUAAAGCCUACCGUCCAGCGACAUUAUCCAGCGUGACUCGGCUGGGGAUUGAUUUUGGAUAGGUUUGGUUGACGGCAAGCGCUGGGAGGGGAGAGGCGAGCCGAGAAUAUGCGACCAAGACACCCGGGUAGAGCGGUAGACGGGAGGAGUGGAAUAUAAGCGCCAGUGAUGAGAGGGGCGAUUAAGCCGAAAGGGGGGAAGUCUGGUGACCUUGAGUAGUUCACUCAUUUCCGUCUGCACACUUCUCGUGGUCACGUGUGUUGACAAGCGGAGACAUAUAAAUGUUUUGUUACAACUUGAACCUACAGACGUAAUAUUAUUCGUUGUAUUAUACACGUUCAUCUUUUUACUUUGGUAUAAUGUUUUAACAUUAAAUAAUAAAGUAAAUCAGCUAGCGUAAUUUUAAUCUUUGCCGAGGAAUUCCCAGUGGUCCAAUACUUACGUGAACCAUACUGUACCACUUUUGCCGUGAGGUAGUAAACAAGCCCCGGAUAUGUUUAUGUGUAGCGGCCUCCCGACCUUUAACCAGAGGCUGGGGAAUAUAACACUUGCCGAUCCGAGCCACACACACUCAGCAACUCGACAAAGCGUUUGAUGGAAUAAGUAAAGACAACGUUUAACAGACUUUUUAAUACGGCGCCACUGAUUGCGCUAAAAUUAUUUUGGCGCAAUUUUUGUAUCCCACAUGUGACCAUUUAUAAUUUACUGUAAGCAUGGAUAACAAAGUUUAACCACUUUACACGAUAGACGAUUCUUUAUUUUAUAUUGUACGAAUGCUAGAAUAGUUUUUCACGUAUCUGCUGCAUACUUCUGCAAAAGACACGCUAUUUGUAAGUACGUAAAUCUAGAAUUUUUAUUUUGUCAAUCAAACUCGGUACUUUGCGAUUCAUAUUCGGUUUGAAGUAUUACUAUGGCCUUUCUAUUUAGAAGACUUUGACCACAAAAUCGUGUGUAACCGCACACACUGCACUUACUUUGUUACGGACGCUCAGACGAAGCAGAUACUGUGGCUGACACCACGAGACUGGCAGCAGCUUGUGUGCCGCACGUGUGUAUGGCGGCGUGUGGCGCGCUCGUAGGCCGUGCGACAAACUGUGCGCGGCAUGCGGAAAAAUAAAAAAUAAAAUUCAACAUUUAAUAUUUAUAUUUACAAUUUAUUAUUUUUAUUUUUUCACCCGCGUUUAGUGAAAACUGCGGAUGCAAAGUCCGCACAAAGGCGGGCCGUCUAUACUGUGCGUGCUUGCCGACCUAUUAGAACACAGGCGGUGUUUUAUGCCUUUUGACCUUGGUCACAUCGAAACAUCGCGGUUAUGCAACAACGCGGGUAAAAGUUAUGUCCCCCGACAACCGCGUUAAAUAGGGAGUGUACUGUGUGUGUAUAUAUAUAUAUAUAUAUAUAUAUAUAUAUACACACACACACACACAUACAUAUCAUAAAAAGACUUUAUUCUCAUAGUACAAAUUGAAACAAAGUUUUGUUUGUUUUUCGUAUUUUCAUAAGUUAGUUAAAAUUCUAAGUAAAUGUGACAAAAGUACAUUGGAUUACAACUACUAACAACAAUAUAAAAAGAAACCCUAAAAAAAAUGUUUUUGUUAUGCAAAACUAAUGAGAGAUGCUUACUAUGAACAGUAUUCUUUAAAUAUAAAUGAUGUUAUAUCAAAUGAUCCAACUUUUAUAUCUAAUGUUUUUGCUUUGUAUUUUGGUAAUGUAUACGUUUCAUCUAUCAAUAACCCCAAAGUUCCUCUUUCUAACAUCAGUUUGGUGAAUGUACCUGUUCCUAUAAUUUCUGAAAGCUUAAUUAACAGGGGGUAUUAAGAACCUUAAAUCAUCUAAAUCCACAUGUCCUCAUGAUACUCCAAACUUCAUUAUUAAAGGUUGUUCUCAAUUACGAGUUCCUCUUCUUCACCAUGUAUCUAAUUUUAGCCUAAAAACCCUUGUUUUUCCUAAUACUAGUUGUAAAAUAGCUAAGGUAAUCCCAUUUCACAAAAAAAGGGUCUAAAUUAAAUGUGACAAACUAUCGUUCAUUUUCCUUACUUAAUGGUUUAUCAUAUCUUGACAAGUGUGUUUAAAUGAAUAUAUUGACUUCGUAUCAUAAGGGAUUGAUAUGACAAUGAAUCUUAGAGUCUUUGUUGCAGUACUGUUGUGCCAAGUUUAUGUUUUUAACAGAGUUGCAUUUUUCGACAUAUUGUUCAUAGUUUCCAGGCCCAUUGUUACUUUGUAAACAGUUUGUCAUUGUGAGAAGAAUCUGUUAUAUAAUGAUAGGUGAUAUUGAUAAAAACUUAUACCGAUCCAAUUACUGAUGCAUUUAUUUAACAGAUCCGGUAACCGAUACAAAACAGCCACUUUUUGUAAAUAAUCACAGUGCAAUUCUCCAAAAUUUCAAUAUUUGUAAGUUAUAAGUCAGUAUGUUACCUUAGUAAAAUUCAUUAUCAAAAGGGUGUUUGGUAGAUCAUAAAAAAAGUAUUAUAAUGCAUAAAAUUUGCCGUUCAUUAAUUAACAAUCACAAUACAGUCAAACCUCUAUCUAUCGAACUCGCAUGUAUCGAUUGUCCAUGUUUAUCGUAUACUUUCUACGGUCCCGCCAAAAUUGUCAUACAACUAAGGUUAAAAAAGUCCGCUUGUACCGAUGUUCGAAUUAUCGUUUUGUCCGCAUUGAUCGUACAAAAUAUAUGGUCCCGUCACUAUAAAUUAUAAUAUUUAUAAUAGAUGAUCAUUUAACCAUACAUAUUUUGCAGAAAUAACCAUUUCUUAGACAGAAACCGUCAUAAAAACAGUAACGAUUGUAAGAAAAAAAUCACCUUAAAUCUGCAGCCGAGUAAUGGAGCACGUAAACAUGAAGAAAAGACAAAUGAACAACUACGAAGAAAUAUGGAUGAUGUACCACAACUACAGUACAAACCCAAUUGUUAUCUUACGAUAAUUACCGUAAAAAGAACUACAGAUUCUUUGUUGAUACCAUAAUACUACAGAAGCACGAUAGCUACCACAUUUGCACUAUAGUUACCGUAACAACCGAGAUGUAUAUUUACCGUGACGGUAAUGUACGUAUUUAUUUAAGACAUAUUAAAAUUAAAGAACAUUACUGAAAAAAAAAGCAUGUUAAAUUUUUAUAUGUACGGUUAGCACAUUUUGCGAAGAAAUAAUGCGAUCUGUAAGAAUGCAGUACUACUACGAAAAGUGAAAAGGGUACUCGUGGAUUUUUAGGUUAUGGCAGUCGUUUUUUCAGUAAUAUCGGCCAAAAAUUAACAAGCGUAUCGGAAGUCGGCAGAAAUGCCGAUUCAACUAAAUAUUGGCAAAAUCGGCUUCUUCAGUACACCUCUAUAUUUGAUGACAUGAGUAAACAUUUCAGACUUCAGGAUAUUGAAAAAGACUUUAAUUUCCAUGUAGGUUUAUUGUGUGUAUGUUUUUUUUUUUUUUUUGCAUGUGUAAAUUGAAUUAAGUAAAAUGCUUCCAUUUUUAUUUUUUUUCAAAUGAUUAAACUUUAAUGACAAGUAACUGAUAUAUUUCUGACACUAAUUUUGAGUUUGAAAUAUUUUUUUCAAAAUCUAAGAGUGAAGUCCACAUCUAUUGAAUGUCCGCAUCUACUGAAUUUUUUUGUUGGCCCCCUGAAAAACGAUAGAUAGAGGUUUGACUGUAUUCAAGUAUAGCCUUAAAAUGCAGAAAUAUUUGAGUAAAAUAUGCGUACAAAACUAUAAACAGAUAAAUAGAAAAUAUGGGUAACACCGGACUGGAUGAAAUUAUAGUACUUUUUCAUAUGUAUCGGUUUAAGUAUCAGUUGGAAAUGAUUACAUCAGAAAUCCAGAAAAUUGGAAAUAUCGCCAGAUGCCGAUACUAAAACAAUUACAUUGGUACAUCACCAACAGUUAGUGCGUUGUGACUAUGGCAGUGUUAUGAUGUAGCGCAGCAAUUUAUAUAUAUUUUUUCAAUGGAAAUAUUAAAUGUUAUGAUUCGUGAAAAAUUGUAAAAUAUUUGGUGAAGCCAGGGAAUUCUGUUUGCGUGUUUUGCUGGACACCUGGAUUUUGUUUGCCGGGGUAACGGAGAUAGUUGAAUGAAACAAAGCUUACGUGUUUUUUCCACAUACCUACGUAGUCACGGCUAUAAAGCGAGCUUGAUUUGAAAUAUUUACAUGGAUGUCAAGUAUUAGCGCUUCAUAAUGUGGUGUGAUUGGUGGUUUUGACUACAAAGACUGUGAAUAAAUAACAUACUUUGUUCUUUAAAAAAAAUUGUGCCUAAUGAAUAGUUUUAUGAGUUGUUAACAUAGACUGGUUGCAUUCCUACAUAAUCUCUGUGUUAAGUAGCUUGUGUGAAAUAUUAAUCUGUAAAAAAAUUUCUGUAUUCUAAAAGUUUGUAUUAUGCUGUAAAAAGUAUAUUACAUUCCACUGUUAAAAA